UGGCAAUAAGAUCCGCAUUGUUUAUAUUAUGGCGGCGGAAACACUUAGAAAAAUCGGUUUAUAUUUUGAUGAUUUAAAUAAAAUUCGAGUAUUAGAUCCAGAAGCUAGUCAGAAAACAAACGCACUGAAAGAAGAAUGCAAAGAGUAUGUAAGCAAAAUAACAGAAUUUCAGACUGUUGUUGAUGGUUUCCUUGAAAUAGCAGAUGCUUUAGCAGCAGAAGUUGAAAAAGAGAAAUUAAAGGCAAUAGGUUCUAGGAAUCUUCUGAAAUCCAUUACGAAGCAAAGGGAAGCACAACAGCAGCAGCUGCAGGCAUUAAUUAUUGAGAAGAAAUUGCAGUUGGAAAGGUUAAAGGUACAGCAUGAGUCACUUCGAAAAGAAGAAAUGGCACAAAAUGAAUUGAUUGAACAGUUUUUACUUCAAAAAUAAUCUUAAAAAACAAGACAUUUUACAUGUACAUAAAAAGCACAAUUUCUGUAUAUAUUUAUAAUGUUACUUAAGGUAUUUAUGCUAUUAUAUAUUAUAUAAAUAUUGUUUUGAUGCAUUUACCCUGCAUUCUGAAACAGAUGCUUUGAAAAUUAUGUAUAUAUAAAAAUAAACUAGUCUUAUGUUCU